AUGGCACCGACCUCAAACACCCACGCCCGAUCACACAGCUUGCUGCUGUUGCAGAAGCUGCUCAACCUCCGCGAUGGCGCGAGUCCUCUUACUCUCGUCAUUGAUAACCUUGAGCAGCCUGCGCGACCCAUUCUGAACGAGUUUGUAUCUCGCGCCAAUAUCGCAAAGACACAAGUGAUAUUUUUGUCGUUGACGACGCUCAAGAAGCCCCAGAAUGCAGACAUCUUUAUCAAAGCUGCAGGACGGGAUCUUCAAUCUGUUCGCAAGGAGCUGGUGACUCACUACCCUGCGUUCAACCCGUUGGUUGACAAGGGAAAGCCUACACAGAGAGCCGUCGUGAUCAUCGAUUCUCUUAAUGCACUGGCAGCCGCUGCUCCGCAGUCCCUCGCAAGCUUUUUGUCUAGCAUCAUCACCCCUGCGGUAUCCAUCGUUGCUACGUAUCACGACGACGUGCCCAUUGUGUUGCCUAGGUCAUUCAGCGAGUACGAACCCCAUCCGUUCACAGUAUUGUGCCACCUAGCAACGGCCAUUCUGAGGCUUUCGAGUCUUUAUCAAGAGAUUGAGCGGCAAAAGGCUCGGAACCGCAGUAUCCAGGAACCAGAAUGGGGUCUGAAUGAGGAUCGUGAGGGCGUCCUCGUCGGCCUGGGAGAGAGGGGAAAGGACCAGAACGAGGAAAGCAACGGGGUUGUGGUACACAUGGAACUCCGCCGAAGAAGCGGAAGAACUGUUUCAGAAAAGUUCAUCAUUGUCUCCAAAGAAGCAGCGUCACCUGUACUCGGCAAGGUCUGCUUGCUGACGGACCACCCCAUGUUCACGACAGCGACAGACAGCGGCGAGACGGGUGAAGGCGAAGAGGAGCCUGAGAGCACGUUUAAUCUCGGAUUGACAGAGAAGCAGCGCAAGGACCGUGAGGGUAUCGUACUGCCCUACUUUGAUGCGCAGACAGACAUAGGAGCUGGAGAGGGCGGAAGGAUUCUGUAUGAGAUGGGCAGAGAGGAUGACUUUGAUGAUGAGGAGGAUGAGAUUUGA